AUGUCGGGAGGAAUUGCUCGAGGACGACUGGCAGAAGAGCGCAAGACCUGGCGCAAGAAUCAUCCUCAUGGAUUUGUUGCAAAGCCGGAGACUCUCCCGGACGGUGCAGUGAAUCUAAUGGUCUGGCACUGCACGAUUCCUGGGAAGGCGGGGACUGAUUGGGAUGGUGGAUACUAUCCGCUGACAAUGCACUUUAGUGAUGACUAUCCAAGCAAGCCACCGAAGUGCAAAUUUCCUCAAGGCUUCUUCCAUCCGAACGUGUAUCCAUCUGGAACAGUUUGUCUCUCAAUCCUCAACGAGGAUAGUGGCUGGCGACCGGCCAUUACAGUGAAGCAGAUUCUUAUUGGUAUUCAAGAUCUGCUUGAUCAGCCAAACCCUUCUGAUCCAGCACAAACUGAAGGUUAUCAUAUGUUCAUCCAGGACCCUGCAGAAUACAAGAAGAGGGUGAGGCAGCAGGCCAAGCAGUAUCCUCCUCUUGUCUGA